CGCGUUGGUCACAAUGAAGUUUCUCGCUGGUUUCGUGAUCGCUUUCUUCGCAAAUGUUUGCUUUGCUGCGCCAUCAACUUACAAAGUUGGUGUUGGAAUUGCUGAUGUCACCGGACCUGCGGCUGAAAUUAACACGAUGGGGUACGCUAGCCCUACACCGCUGACUUCCGGAAUCCACACACGCCUGUAUUCCCGAGCCUUCGUGAUCGAUGACACUAUCAAACGGGUCGUCUUUGUUAGUGUGGAUGUCUGUAUGAUUGACCAAAGCGUCAAAACCGAGGUCGUGAAGCGACUGCAGGGCAAGUACGGCGGCAUGUACUCGGCCCAGAACGUCGUGCUGAGCGGAACCCACACGCAUUCGGGACCGGGCGGCUAUCUUCAGUACGUUCUAUUAAUCAUAACCAGCAAAGGAUGGGUCCAGCAAUCUUUUGAUGCUCUUGUCGCUGGUAUUGUUCAGAGCGUCGAUGAAGCUCACAACGAGAACGCCAUGAGAGAUGCGCAUAUUUAUUACGCCACAGAUAUUUUAGUCGACGCCAACAUUAAUCGCAGUCCAUCGUCUUAUUUGAACAAUCCGGCAUGGGAAAGAGCCAAGUACACGUACAACACGGACAAGGAUAUGGUCCAGCUGAAAUUCGUUUCGGUAGCGGAUGGUGAACCAAUUGGCGUUAUCAACUGGUACGCUGUCCAUCUCACCAGCAUGAAUAAAACCAAUCAAUACAUUUCGUCGGACAACAAAGGCUACGCUGGGUUAUUAUUCGAGACGAAAAUCAACGGACCUGACAUCAUGCCAGGCAAAGGUCCGUUUGUAGCGGCUUUCGCCAGUACCAAUCUUGGGGAUGUGUCGCCCAACACGAUGGGAGCCAAGUGCCUCGAUACAGGACUCCCGUGUGAUUUCGUGAGCUCUUCGUGCAACAACCGAACGCAGCUAUGCAUCGCCUUCGGACCCGGAAAAGACAUGGUUGACAGCACCCGCAUUAUUGGAGAUAAACAAUUUCAAAAAGCUUGGGAGAUGUACAGCAAAGACAAUUCCGAAUUGGAACCGCUGGAAGGUCCCGUUCAGUUCGCCCAUCAAUUUGUUGACAUGCCCAAUUACAACGUUGAGGUCCAAGAUCCCGUCAAUGGGCCAACGACGGUGAAACUGUGUUCGCCGGCUUUAGGCUACGCAUUUGCUGCUGGAUGCGUGGACGGAGCGGGUGCCUUCGAUUUUACGCAGGGGACGACUUCCGGAAACGAUUUCUGGAAUUUAGUGGCAACCGCCUUGGUUGAGCCGAGCGAAGAAGUUCAGAAAUGCCACGCUCCCAAGCCUGUUUUGCUUUCCACCGGAGAGAUAACCUGGCCAUAUGCUUGGCAUCCCAGCAUUGUGGAAACGCAGCUGUUUCGAAUUGGGCAACUAUUGAUAGCGGCCGUUCCGGGUGAAUUCACAACCAUGGCAGGCAGGAGACUUCGUGAAGCUCUGAAUGCCGAAGCCGUUAACAGUGGUGGGCCAUCAAAUACUAAAACAGUCAUCGCUGGACUCUCCAACGUGUACACUCAUUACGUCACCACUUAUGAGGAGUACCAGAUGCAACGGUACGAGGCCGGCUCCGUAAUUUAUGGCCCACAUACUCUGUCCGCUCACCUGGAUCAGUACAAGAAAUUAACUCGGAGCAUUUUUAAGAAUGAAGUCGUGGACGCCGGGCCGAUCCCACCGUUUUUGCUGGACAAUCAGAUCUCCCUGGUAUCUGGCGUCGUUUUCGAUAGACCGGCCUUUGAGCACGAAUUUGGCGACUGUCUUGUUCAACCGUACCCAUUCGUGCGACCCAACGAGACUGUAACUGCGACAUUCGUUGCCGGCCAUCCGCGUAACAAUCUGAUGCAGGAAGAUACUUUCAUGACUGUGGAAGCCAAGCAAUCCGAUAAUAGUUGGAAAGUCAUCCGAACAGACGCUCAUUUCGAUACAUUCUUCUAUUGGGAAAAAACGUCAGCUGUUGGACAGAGCGAAGCGCAUCUACGCUGGAUCGUUCCAGCCGACACUCCGGAAGGCCAAUAUCGCAUUUCACACUAUGGCUAUUACAAAAAUAUCGACGCUAAAGUCUUCCCUUACAACGGCACCACCCAGUCCUUCGAGGUUGCAGCUAUGGCUGCAUGAGUGGCUCACCAUCCGUUUCCUCUUCGAAAGAAAUAUUUUUUCGAAUAACGAAGACGACACCUGCUUUAUUUUUAAACUUUUGUUUAGGGACAACACUGUGGGUAUAUGGAAAAUAUACAGGGAAUAUUCCACUUUCGAGAAAAAUGAA